AUGGCCCUGUCUCGAGCGGAGAAGUUUUUCAUCGGACUUUUGACGGGCUGCGGUUUGCUGCCGUUUCGAAUGCAUUCCCCAUCGAAGCGAUUCAUCGAAAGCACACGCCAUUAUUGGUACAGUGUUCUGUGCACGGUUCUAUUCAGCGUACUGGCCCCGUGGAUUUACUGGGGAGCAAUAGGCAGCACAUUGCACCCGCAAACACAGCUUAACAACUACAUGAUCGUUGUACAGUUUUUCUUCAUGUACUUUAUCGCGCUGCUGAGCCGUACCGAGGCCAUACUCAAGCACAGAAAGCUUUGUGCUCUUUUAAAUUCCUUACUAGAGCUACGCGAUACGGCGGGAAGAGGAAGAACUGGUGCAGAAACUAAUCGAUCAACAUCGAUCAGAUUGUGGAUGAAAUUUGUCCUGUUUGACGUGGGUCUGAUGAUCAUUGCGGGAUUGUUUUUUAACAAAAAUCUCCCCAACACGGUGUACUGGUUGUACAUGCUCCUCAGCUUCUCCAAUCUGUUGUUGGUGUUUAUGAUCAAUAUGACCAUAAAUUUUUUGCUGAUCGUGCUGUACUGUGGUGAGUAUAUUUAUCGUCGGAUCAACCAACGGUGUACGGACUUGGUACACGGUUCCAGUAACCGCCGCGGAGCAGCCUUGCAAUGGUACAUGCUGCACAUGGAAACGGCCACCGUAGUCGAGUGUCUCGUGGACAGCGUUAGCAAACCGCUGCUAAUGCUAAACGUGUGGUACUUCUUCAUUAUCGUCUUUUCGGUUUUCUAUUUGUUCACCAGCAUCGUCCAGGAUAUGCGACGGGAAUCCAACGGAUACCGGUUCAAUAUGAUGAACCCAAUCGCGUUCUUUCUCAGCGAGGCAUCACAAGUAUUUUACAUCGUUUCCGCAGCGUCGUCGUACGCUGAACGUGCCCGGGAAAUUGUGCCAAUAUUGGGCACGCACACCGUCGGACCCGAGGAACAUUCGGACGAACGAUUGAGUACGGUCAACAGCGAGUUUCGGCACGUGGCGGAUUCGAUGGUGAUGAUGGAUCGCCCCACCGUGGUUCGGCUACUGUACCUGGUGCACUGUAAAAAUGCACAGUUGCAGAAAGCAUUUAUGGCCACCAUGAGUCUGCCGGUACUGCUGCUAAACGCGUGGUACUUUCUAAUGUUAGUUAUCUCGGUUUUCUAUGUCUACACUACGGCUAUAGCGGACUUUGCUGACCCAUUACAUGCCGAAGAUAUCCUGAAGUACCUCAACCCGCUCACCUUUCUGAUCUACAUUUUCGUGCAGCUCUGCUACAUGAUUUUGAUCCCUUCCGUACCGCUUGCAAGGUAG